CUAUAAAGGCGAACGUCACGGACGCGUCAGAACUUGUUGCACUUCGCGCUCUCAACUUUCUAACUCGUUUUCCAAACGCACCGUGAAGAAAAACUCACUCCAGGCACAAUGUUGAGCAAGAGGAUCGUCGUCGCCAUCGCAGUCGUCAUUGCCGCUGUGUGUCUAGCUGAGGCGAGGGAGGAAGGUCCUCACGACAUGGCUGACGCACUCCGCAUGCUACAGGAGCUGGAUCGCCUGUACACUCAAGCUGCUAGACCGAGGAUUGACCGCCGCGACGUUUCGGACGGGGACUUCAGCCCGGGCUCGUUAGAUCGCGCGGUGCGGCUCCUCCAGCUGCAGAAACUAGACCGCAUUUACUCCUACCACAAUCGACCAAGGUACGGGAAACGCUCCGAAGCUACGUCGAACUGGGCCAAGGAUCUUGAAAAGCCGGAUAUACCAGCCUGGUUGGCUUACGCCAGGAGAUGAGGGGCGCAAUGCCAUCGAGUCAACAUUAACUAAAACAAACUAUCAUACUUUACGCCGCUCAUCAUAGCAGACAACAAUAUUGUGUUUCCAUCCUUUCAUACUAAAUCUAAAUCAUUAGCCAAUAAGUAUUUUAUUGAGCCUCAUUUAUAUGAAGAUAGUUUCUCGUCUCAAAGAUAGGGUAAUUUUUUUCUUGGACUUGAAUAAUUUGGUCCUGUAGAAACGUGUAAACUAAUUAAAUAGGUAAUAUUGUGCGUUGUAUUGUAGGGAAUAAAUCACUUAUAUACCCGUAUUCACAAACGUUACUAAAGAGAUCUCAUAAGUGUGCUCGAACGCACAGCGUCGGUUCCACCAAUCAGAUGACUCUAUAACGUCAAUUUAGAAUGAUCUGAUUGGUGGAACCUACACUAUGCUUUCGAGUGCACUGUGAGACCUCAUAGUAAUGAUUGUGAAUACGGCCGUUAAUCUACUUCAUUACAAGUUUUGGAUUUUUGUUUGACCAUAAACAAAUGCAAUUUUGUAGAAUAGAUUUGUCAAUCACUAGCUCAAGCGAAAUUGCUCAGUCUACAAUACCGUCGCAAUGUCGCCUGCCUACUGGUUUUUUACCCGACUGCGGCAAAGCUAAAAGGAAGGGUUAUGAUUUUAGCAGUCUAUGUAUGUAUGUGUAUAGGUUUUUAUCGGAUAUAUUUUAGAGAGUGUGCUCAAGAACUCCACAAUCUUAUUCUUCCUUCACUCUUUCUACUCACACAAAACGUUUUGUUUAAAGUUUCUGAUACGAAUCGCUUAGGUUUUGAAACUGUCUAAAGAUAAGUAUAUCUACUUUUUGCUACAAAACUUAGUAGUUAGAAACUAUCUUCGUAUGAACGAGGCGUAAAUUUAAAGGUCAUCCUUAUUCAUAUAAUUUUUAUUUAUUUACUUUAAAUAAAUGUGCCAAUUAUUGUAAUAAUGAUUAUAAAAUUAAUGUCAAGUCUAUUACUAGUCAAUUGAUAUCUAUUAGACUUUAUACCUAUUUAUAUAUUAUCUACUUACCAUUGAUAGAACUUAGUUUGUAACAUCGAAUGUUCCACCUUCAGUAAUUAAAUUAAUCAUUAAAAUGUUAUAAAUACAGGCAAUUGAUAAAAAGUAAUUUGAAAUUGU